GCCGGCCUCCGGGCGGCUCGACGAUGGCGGCGGCGCGCCGUGUGCUCGCACGCUGAGCAGAGCCGCGCUGCAGGAGGAUGGCCUCGCUCGGGUCAACCGUCGCAGGGGAGCCGGUGGCCGGAGCCGAGGCGGAGCUAGGUCCUCCGGCCCCGCCGCCGCCGCCUCCGCCGCCGCCGCCGCCUCCGCUGCCCGCUCCCUCGCCGUCCGCUCUCGGGCCGCCGCUGCCCCUGCAGCGCGAGCCGCUGUACAACUGGCAGGCCACCAAGGCGUCGCUGAAGGAGCGCUUCGCCUUCCUCUUCAACUCGGAGCUGCUGAGCGAUGUGCGUUUCGUGCUCGGCAAGGGCCGCGGCGCCGCUGCCGCCGGGGGCCCGCAGCGCAUCCCCGCCCACCGCUUCGUCCUGGCGGCCGGCAGCGCGGUCUUCGACGCCAUGUUCAACGGUGGCAUGGCCACGACGUCGGCGGAGAUCGAGCUGCCGGACGUGGAGCCCGCCGCCUUCCUGGCGUUGCUGAGAUUUUUGUAUUCAGACGAAGUUCAAAUUGGUCCAGAAACCGUUAUGACUACUCUUUAUACUGCUAAGAAAUAUGCAGUCCCUGCCCUGGAAGCACAUUGUGUAGAAUUCCUCACCAAACAUCUUAGGGCAGAUAAUGCCUUUAUGUUGCUUACCCAGGCACGGUUAUUCGAUGAGCCUCAGCUGGCUAGUCUUUGUCUAGACACGAUAGACAAAAGCACGAUGGAUGCAAUAAGCGCGGAAGGGUUUACUGAUAUUGACAUAGAUACACUCUGUGCAGUUCUAGAAAGAGACACACUGAGUAUCCGAGAAAGUCGACUUUUUGGAGCUAUUGUACGUUGGGCAGAAGCAGAAUGUCAGAGACAACAAUUGCCUGUGACAUUUGGAAACAAACAGAAAGUUCUAGGAAAAGCACUUUCCUUAAUCCGGUUCCCACUGAUGACAAUUGAAGAAUUUGCAGCAGGUCCUGCUCAAUCUGGAAUUUUGUCAGAUCGUGAAGUGGUAAACCUCUUUCUUCAUUUUACUGUCAAUCCUAAGCCCCGAGUAGAAUACAUCGACCGACCUCGAUGCUGCCUCAGAGGGAAGGAAUGCUGCAUCAAUAGAUUCCAGCAAGUAGAGAGCCGCUGGGGUUAUAGUGGAACCAGCGAUCGGAUCAGGUUCACAGUUAACAGAAGAAUCUCUGUAGUUGGAUUUGGUUUGUAUGGAUCUAUUCACGGGCCCACGGAUUAUCAAGUGAAUAUACAGAUCAUUGAAUAUGAGAAAAAACAAACCUUGGGACAAAACGAUACUGGGUUUAGCUGUGACGGAACUGCUAACACAUUCAGGGUCAUGUUUAAAGAACCGAUAGAGAUCCUGCCCAACGUGUGUUACACAGCAUGCGCAACACUCAAGGGUCCAGAUUCUCACUAUGGCACAAAAGGACUGAAGAAAGUAGUACAUGAGACCCCUGCUGCAAGCAAGACUGUUUUUUUAUUUUUCAGUUCCCCUGGCAAUAAUAAUGGCACUUCAAUAGAAGAUGGACAGAUACCAGAAAUAAUAUUUUAUACAUAAUCUAGUGUUAACAGCCAUUCAGUCUAACCUCAAAAGCAUAAAUGACUGGCUACAAAUAGUUUGAGUGUCAUUAGUAUUUAUAAUUGCAGAAUAAGAAACAUUUUAGUUUUUCAGAAGAAGUAGAAAAG